CCAUUUAAACACAACCCCUCUCUCUCUCUCUCGCUCUCUCUCUCUCUAAGCAGAACCCCCAGAAAAACAGAGAGGGUUCGGUUGCGGAGAAAGAGAGAUGGGUGAUUCUGUGAGUAAUAGUAAACGAAGUGCGAAAUUUGCAGAGAUUGAAACUUCGAUGUCAGGCUUACCUUGUAAGAGAACCAAGAGUGUUGGUUCAACGGAUACCGAGCUCAAAAACCCUCGUUCGUCUGCGACCUCCUCGGAUAAGGAGAUUUCUCCAGCGAUAUCGCCUAGUUCACGCCGUGCUUUUGCGGCAGAAACUGCUGGAGAACACUGUUCGAUUGUCUCCUCCGAUUGCUCCACCAACGAGUCCUGCGAAAUCCUGAAAGAUGGUUUGAGAUCAGUAGAUCUGCAGAGCAGGAGUUUCGAAACCGAAAUUCCAACGUGCAUCACCAACAAAUUCAGCAGCAGAGAGACGACUCCGACCAGCGAGAUUUGCGGAGAUACAGCGGAAAUGGACUCGACAGCUAAAAAUCUGCCUGUUACGGCAAAGGAUCAACGAAGAAGGUUACCGGCAGCGAAGAUGCCAUCUCAGGCCGAGAUCGACGAGUUCUUCUCUGUAGCCGAGAAGUACGAGCAGAAGCGAUUCUCAGACAAGUACAAUUAUGACGUUGUCAAUGAUGCUCCGCUUGAAGGUCGUUACCAGUGGCUUCCCUUGAAGCCAUGAAGAUUGAGAGCAAAUACAGUACUGAAGGACAGACACUAAAGUCACAGUGGGUAACGAAAGCACUUUACAUAUCAUCAUGGUGACUUGGGUGGUCGUUAUUUGUACAGGUUUUUCUCUCUAUCUAAUAUGUGUAAGAAGUUCUCUGUUAUUUUUCAAGUACAUGAAAAGAAAAAAAAAAAGUAUUUGAAGAAGCUUCGUCUCGCAGCCUAUUACUCUUCUAGGAACGAAUUACCCAAUUCGGAAAUCGAAAAAACAAAAUUGCAUACCAAUUUUCAUUUUUCUGGGCCAUAAUUCAUAUUAUUAUUAAUUAAUGUCCCCUUUUGGUGUUUUUUUUUUGUUGGGUACAGUUAUUUGUCAUUGAUACAUUAUUUUUGGAAGGAACAAGAAUGCAGAUGUAGGUUGCAUUGAUGGCA